AAGCAGCAAAAUGAUCGACCAUUAUUCCCAAGUGGCCGAUUCGGACUCGACAGUUCUCCCUCGGUGUCGUCGCCGCCUACAUCGUCCAUAUCGCCAAAUCGUUCCGUCAGAUCUUCAUCUCGGCCUCUUUCAUCUUGUUUGUCAGGAGGGUUUCUUCGCCUCUACAAAAUGCAGAGCCUUCUCUCCCCUCCGGCCCUCCAAAUCCCCGCAUCGGAGGGGCUCCGCAGCUGCCCGUCCAUCCCUACGGUUGCUCAUCGCCGAUGCAGAUAUGGGAGGUUCGCGGUGCGGUCGUCAAGGGUGGGCGGCCGUGGCUUCUGCUCCGGCGGCGGCUCCCCGGAGGGAGACGGAUCCGAAGAAGAGGGUUGUGAUCACGGGGAUGGGACUUGUCUCGGUGUUCGGAAAUGACGUGGACAAGUACUAUGAGCGUCUGCUCGAGGGGGAAAGCGGGAUCGGACAGAUAGAUCGGUUCGAUGCCUCGGUGUUCCCGACGAAAUUCGCCGGCCAGAUUAGGAAUUUCUCGUCGGAAGGCUACAUCGACGGGAAGAACGACCGCAGGCUCGAUGAUUGCCUGAGAUAUGGUCUUGUGAGUGGGAAGAAGGCACUAGAAAACGCUGAUCUGGCUCCUGGAAGCGCCGCUCUCAAAAAGAUUGACAAAGUGCGAGCUGGUGUUCUAGUGGGAACAGGCAUGGGUGGGCUUACUGUGUUUUCUGAUGGUGUUCAAGCUCUGAUUGACAAAGGCUAUAGAAAAAUAACGCCUUUCUUUAUUCCCUAUGCCAUAACCAACAUGAGUUCUGCUUUGCUUGCCAUGGACAUUGGUUUCAUGGGUGCAAAUUAUUCAAUUUCUACUGCUUGUGCUACUUCCAAUUAUUGCUUCUACGCUGCUGCGAACCAUAUUCGUCGAGGAGAUGCUGAUGUAAUGAUAGCUGGAGGAACUGAAGCUGCGAUCAUUCCCAUCGGUCUUGGUGGAUUUGUUGCUUGUAGAGCUCUAUCUCAAAGGAAUGAUGAACCCCGUACUGCAUCAAGGCCAUGGGACAAAGGUCGUGAUGGAUUUGUUAUGGGUGAAGGCUCUGGAGUACUGGUCUUGGAGAGUCUUGAACAUGCAAUGAAACGUGAUGCGCCAAUUAUUGCAGAGUAUUUGGGAGGUGCUGUCAACUGUGAUGCUUAUCACAUGACUGAUCCCAGAGCUGAUGGUCUUGGCGUCUCUACUUGUAUACAGAAAAGUCUUGAAGAUGCUGGUGUUGCACCAGAAGAGGUUAAUUAUAUUAAUGCUCAUGCUACAUCUACACCUGCUGGUGACCUUGCUGAGGUGAAUGCCAUAAAAAAGGUGUUCAAGAACCCAAAGGAUAUCAAGAUGAAUGCAACUAAGUCCAUGAUAGGCCAUUGCCUUGGUGCUUCUGGGGGUUUGGAAGCCAUUGCUUGUGCAAAGGCUAUUACUACUGGGUGGCUGCACCCUACCAUAAACCAAUUUGACCCCGAGCCUGCUGUCGACUUUGAUACAGUGGCUAAUAAGAAGCAGCAACAUGAGGUCAAUGUUG